UUCAUCCACUUUUUUAAUGAGGCAUUUGGAGUUUCAUUGAAGUUACCACGGUGAAUUAAACUAAAAACUAAAAAAUUUAAAAUGAGUGAUCGCGAACUAGAUCUUACGGAGGCACAGAAAGCAACAAAGGCAAAAUAUCCUCCUAUCAACAAGAAGUAUGAAUACCUGGACCACACGGCUGACGUUCAGCUGCAUUCCUGGGGGGACUCUAUGGAAGAAGCGUUUGAGCAGGUCGCCAUGGCGAUGUUCGGCUACAUGACUGACACGGAGACUGUGGAGCCCAUCGAUACGGUUCAGGUGGAGUCGGAGGGUGACGAUUUCGAAUCCCUUCUCUUUCACUUUCUGGACGACUGGCUGUUUAAGUUCAGCGCAGAUCUUUUCUUCGUCCCCCGGGAGGUGAAGGUUCUGAGCAUUGACCGCGUGCGUUUCCGGAUACGCUCCAUUGGAUGGGGGGAAGAGUUCAGCCUGGCAAAACACCCUCAGGGGACCGAGGUCAAGGCCAUCACGUACUCCGCCAUGCAGGUCCACGACAAGCAGAAGCCCGAGAUCUUCGUCAUAAUCGACAUCUGACUGGACGGCUGCUGACCAGACAUCUGACUCCACAUCUUGACUCCACAUCCCACAUCCACAUGUCUGCAGCCUGACUGUGUGAUGUCUCACCCGUCGGUCACUGCAUCUCCCUGAUAAUGAUCUCCCAUGAUAAUGAUCUCCAUGAUCUCCUCCUCCUCCAUGAUAAUGCCGUACGGAUACUUGAGGAGGGUUUUUUUUUUUCAAUGAGAACCGUGCACCUGUCACAUGGACACCUGCUGUGAUGUCGUGUUUACGCUGAACGUGGACGUGUUCCACGGGUCUGCGGUGACGCCCCAGGGAGGCCUUCAGCCAGUCCCCCUUUUAACAAAUUUUUGUUCAUCGUUACAUUCUUCCAUUAAUUGCAUAUUCAUAUUCAUACACUGGCAUUGUAAUCUUUGUAAUCUAUAUUUAUUUUUGUGGUAAACACAGUGCCAUGCUGACGGGGGUUUUCAACGGUGGGCUGUAAACGCAGUGAGGUCUGCAAUCUCAAUUCGCAAUGUGAUUUUUAUUAGCAGUGUUCUUCAGUGGAAUGCCUUUGAGCCUCAGCAGGGAAUUCCGGUGCAAUUUAAUCACAUAUUUAUUUCUGCUCUGAACAAACACAGUCCCAGACAGGCACACACUUGCCUUCUGAUUCCCAGACUGUAACCCGUAGAAGAGUAGUCUCUGAGGUCGGCGUUCCAGAACUCCGUGGUGAUUGUGACGCCGGCAUUAGAGUGCGGGGUUGAGAACAUUCUGAUGACGUGUCCGCUGUGGUGUUGCCUCAGCCUCUCACCUGAAAGGGGCUCAUUGUCCUGACACCGAUGGCACUGGACAUCCCACUUUAGACUGGCGUGUCAAACAGCCACUGAGCUUGUGUGUUGAACAGCCAAUGGGUGGCGUUGACGAACCAUUAACCAUUUCAAUUAGGUGCUUUUUUAUUUUAUUUUUAUGUUUGUGCACUGCUGAUCUACACCUUCUCACCUUACCCCCUCCCCCACUAUGUCCCCAGUCCAGUACACCCCAACUUUUAUUUCAUUAUUAUUUUUACAGUGAGAGAGACAAUUGGCCAUUAUGCUCGGUUAUAUUUAUUUUAUAAAGUGUCAACAAAAUCUCACAGUAUAGAGUAGCUGGGCUUUUUGUUUUUCAUCACCGGAUGUCGAAAAUUCAGUCUGACCGAUGUUAUGUCGAUGCCUUCAUGUAUAUAAUAUAUGCAGAAGAUCUAUGUGUAUACACACAUGCACACAAUUGUUUUACACCUUUCUCUUGGUAAGACAAUUUUAUGGUGGUAACACAAAGUGAGUGUGUGGGAACACUGUAAAGAAAUUAAAUAAAGGCUAUUUUCCAACA